AUGGCGGUUCUAUUGUGGGCAGUGGUAACGUCGCUUCUCUUCGCACACUCAGUGUCCGGCAUUUAUUUUCAUAUUAAAGAGGGAACUGUAAAGUGUUUCUUAGAGGAGGUACCGGAGGACACUUUGAUUGCAGGCAUGUUACUCUACAAGAUUGCUGUCUUGCAAGACAAACAGUUUGUACAGUCAUCAGAACAUGGUAUACAUGUCGAAAUAAAGGAUCCGGACGGGAAGGUUAUUCUCUCUCGUAUGUACUCAUCAGAGGGUCGAUUUGUCAUUACCUCUCAAACAGCAGGCGAGCACAGCAUCUGCCUUUCCUCGAGUGCCUCUUCGUGGUCAAAAAAUCUACUGCGCGUUGCCCUUGAUAUCGCUGUUGGCGAUCACGCCGUCAACUACAAGGAGAUCGCCUCAAAAGAGAAACUUAACGAUAUUGAAUUGCGUAUUCGUCAGUUGCUUGACCAGGUGGCGAUGCUCUCCAAAGAUCAGGACUUUCAGCGUGCGAGGGAGGAGUAUUUCCGCCGUCUCAGUGAAAGUAUCAACAACCGUGUAACGUGGUGGAGCUUUGCUCAGGUUCUUCUUUUGGUCUUCACUGGCUUUUUCCAAAUGCGGAACCUGCGUUCUUUCUUCUUGGCCAAGAAAUUGGUUUAA